AUUUACCAGACAAGGUCACGUGCAAUUUAUCUAAAGCCGGAUUUAACCAGCGUUUAAACUUCUUUCCGAUUGUAGAACACAUCAAUACCACAACUAACUGACUCAAAGCACACGGAUAUGGUAAUUGACUAAUUUGCCAAACAGGAUCCACUAUUUAUUAAACCACAUCCGUAAGGUGACGGUAACUAGUAUAUAAGAGAAACUUACUUUGGCGGCUGGAACGCACGGUAAACAUGAAGAUAGUGUUAUUGAUGUGUGUCUUACUUGUCGCGGCGUUAACGCUUGCGAGUGCUCAGAAUUUGGCAAAGAUAGCCAGCGAUUUGGCCAAAGGUGGUCGACACGUAUGUCCGUAUUGUGGGUAUUGUGGAUAUCAGUACAAGUGCGAUCGUUCAUGCAGCCACGCUGCGUGCCGUAUGUGUGUUUAUAGAUUCCACUGUUCAUCAACCUGUAUAGGACUCUGCAGAUUGCCAGAGACCACCCCUCGGCCGGCAACAACAACACCAAGCAGUACGACUCCAAAAGAGACCACCCCAGUAUCCACAACACCCGCGACAAAUACAACCAUCAAUCCCAACAACCCAAAGAACUUCACGUUUGAUAAGUUUAAAGACGUAUUAGAUGCCGUGGAAAAACUCUUCCCUGAUGUGCCACCAGAGGAUUUGAUCCAUAAGCUUCGGAUGCUGGUAUCCCGCUAUGACACACCUUUUUGGAAAACCAUGUACCUAGUAAAUGACAAAGUCCCGUUUGUUGGCAGAGACGUCUCACCAUUUCCAAAUGACCCGGCUAGCCAGGAGGCAUUCGACUAUCUAAGGCAGACAAUGCUGCAUUCGAUAAAGGACACAGAUGGAGAUGGUCGCUUAGAGGAGCAGGGGGUGAUUAAGAUUGGUGACGACGCAAUUGCAUUAGGCCAUGUCAUAACUGGUAUUGCUGCCGGAUAUGAUCGGCAUUCGAUUUCUGGGAUGGACAACCUCGCCGCCACCACAAUAAGUGGAGAUCUUGGGCAGUCAGGUCAUAAAAAUCAACUAGAUUCCACCAAGCCAUUGAUAGGGCCUAGCGGCACGUGGAACGGAGAGAAGUUUACCCUUGACGGUCCGUACAGCAUGGCCACAGACGCCGAGAUACUCGGCGACAUCGAUGGCUACAUCAUGGGGAGCCGCGUUCAAAAUGACCCCACAACACCUAUCAGCUCAAGGGUCAAGGAGUACUACAAAGAUGGCGGCGACCACGAAAGGAGGUUUGAGAUUUUUAAGACUCUAAUUACAAAGCAAGAGUUACAAAAGGAGACCGAAGAGUUUGCAGAUAAUUAUGAGAUUAUCCAUGGUAGUGUGGACGAUAUACAGGCUGCUGAAAAUGCUGUGAAUGCAUUCUGCGCGCGUUUUAAUGAAGAACUAGGCUCCUGGUGUAACUAAUAGGCCUAAAUGUAUCUUACAGACUGAAAUAUUAUCAUUAUGAUUAUUAUUUUCGUUAUUGCGUAGUUUGUGACAUUAAUCGUCAAAAAGAAACGUGAUCAAUUGCUAAAAUGGAAAAUUAUUUGUCUUGUUAGAAUUACGGUAGAAUUCACACAAAGAAAUAAACAGACGCCUGCAUCCUUUCCAACUCUAACAACCAUGAGCUACAUUUUGUGUUGAUUGGUUAAGUAAAUAAAAUAUCCCAUAAAAACAA